CCCUUCACUGUGUGAGGUGUGCACGCGCAAGUCCGUGCGGAGAUUCGCGUUAAUGGAGGUGCAGCUCUAACACGAACCGAAGUUUCUAUGCGCUAUCGGACGAAGGAGUGAGGCAGCAGAACACGUCUGAAGACGUUUAAACAGAGCUUACAUACCUCGUGUAUCCCUUCAGGAAGCUUCACAGAAAUGUAGCCAAGAACAGUAAGAACCCCGAGCCACGCGUACGCCGAACUAGUGAAGAGUUUUGCGGUCUUGAUGAACUCCUUCGAAGUCUGCAAAAAUCAGAAAGAAACUCGUCAGUCGUGAUCAGACAGGUGCAGUAUAGUACUCUGAAUAUGGCAAUCAACAGCGAAGCCGUGAGGAAGAGUCAAGCAAAGGGUAGAUUUCUGAAAAGUGAAUAUCAGUUGCAGAUGUGAAGAAGAAUGGAAACUUACAGCCUGUAGCACAUUAUGGCAAAUUUCACCACACCAUCAACAUCAGAUAUGUCCUGCACCUACAAUGAGGACUUCAAGCAGAUCCUCCUGCCCACUGUGUACAGUGUAGUUCUUGUGCUAGGGCUACCACUGAAUGGAGUUGUCAUCUUUCAGAUAUGGCAGUCCAGGAAGGCAUUGACUCGCACUACCAUCUAUAUGCUGAAUUUGGCCAUUGCAGACUUUCUUUAUGUCUGCUCUCUGCCACUUCUCAUCUAUAACUAUGCUCAGCAUGAUUACUGGCCUUUUGGAGACUUCAUGUGCAAGUUUGUACGUUUUCAGUUUUACAGCAAUCUCCAUGGCAGCAUUAUGUUCCUCACAUGUAUCAGCUUUCAGAGGUACCUUGGCAUUUGCCAUCCACUGGCAAUGUGGCACAAGAAGGGCGGUAGGAAAUUUGCCUGGAUGAUUUGCAUCUUGGUGUGGAUCAUAGUGUUUGUCCUUUGUGCGCCCACUUUUGAGUUUGCUACCACGGGAAUCCAGCGCAACAGGACUGUCUGCUAUGAUCUCACUGAACCCCAGCGUUCUAAACAGUACGUUCCAUAUGGGAUGGCAUUGACAUUUAUUGGAUUCCUCAUUCCGUUUUUAGCAAUUAUUGUCUGUUACUGUUGCAUGACCCGAAUUCUGUGCCAAAAGAACGAAAUGAUUGGGCCUGCUGUGCGUGAGAAGAAAGACAAGGCCAUUCGAAUGGUUAUCAUUGUAGUGGUGGUGUUUGCAAUUAGUUUCUUUCCGUUUCAUUUGACUAAAACCAUGUAUCUGGUAUUCUGGGCCAUGGGCGAAACAACAUGUUGGGUAAAGCAGACCUUUUCCAUUAUCUACAAAUGCACCAGGCCCUUUGCUAGUAUGAAUAGUGUAUUAGACCCUAUUUUAUUUUAUUUUACGCAGCAAAAAUUCAGGCAAAGUACAAAAUCCAUCCUGGAAAAGAUGAGCAGCAAACGAUAAAAAAAUCUAGAACAGUACAAAAGACUUCAAGGUUUUAAUAAUAAGAAAAAACUUGAGAUUUUUUUUGUCAUGGAAUGGCAAGCAUUUUGUUUACCUGUGCUGCUUUUUUAAUUAAAAUAAUUUACCAGAGCUCUACAGUCUUCUUUGGGACCGAAAUGAGUAUAGAUGAAUGGAUAUGGAUAAACAUCCUGAAAGUCUAUAAGGUGAAGGAAUUAAGCUGAUAUGCUGGUAUUGAACUUGGAUUGUGUAACAAUUUGCAACCGAGUUUUGUGAAUAUUGUAAUGUUUUACAAAAGAAAAGCUCCACAUUCUAACCAGUGUUUUCUUUUCAGUGUGCAGUACUCUCUUCUCUUUCUAUUAUGUGAUCUUUUUGUCGGUUAAGAUUAUAAGCAUGUGAACUUGUUCUAAAUUAAUUAGAAGAACUGUGAACAUUUUAUUCAGUUUCCAAUUUAGAAGUAUUCUAAAAUGGACCCAGUUUGCUCAUUGUGUUUGUCCAUUUUCCAGUAUCGCCAAACACAGAUUUAAAUGCCUUGCAGUUUGCUAACACAUAUGUGUUUCUACCCCAAGGCCCUAUAUGGGAUAAAAACAGGUUUAGCAAAAUUAUAGCCAAAAGCUGCAAUCCUUACAAAGUUUACUUCUCAGGCUUCUGAUAUCCUAUUCUUUAUUUUUCAUUCUUUAAAAAAUUGAUCUCAGUCACUGACUAAGUAGAUGGUAUAACAUGACAGUAUACAGUAAUUGUACCAUGUGUCUUUUAGAGCAGUGUUUCCCAUCCUUUGUGGUGUUACGGCCCAGUUAUUCACAUGCUAGCAUGUUCUCUGUCCAUUUAUUGGUCAUCCUCUGAAUUUAGCAUGAUCGUUUGAGUGAGGGGGAUGGGGUCUUCCCUCUUGAUGAAUCUAGGCUAUCAUCAAAGUGGGGUGUUAGGGGUAUUUAAUGGCCCCACACUGUUACCAAAGCGGUAGAUGAAUCAAGUACAAUCAU